AUGUUGGGGAUUUCGAUUAGGCGUUGCCUGUCAACGGCUUCCGCAGUUCGCAACAAAAUUCCACUGGCCGAGCCAAAUCCGUUGGCGUCUCCGGAUUACUUCAAUCUGCACGAUAUUGUUACAGUAAAAGAAUUGUUUCAGGCACGUGCGCACCUCGGACACCGGUCCACAUUGCGCAACCCGUUUAUGGUACCUUACAUUUACGGUACACGGCAGGGAAUCGAUAUUAUCGAUUUGGAUCAGACGCAUUCACUUCUUUUCGAUGCAUUGAAUUUCACCGCCCAUAUAGCGUAUCGUAAAGGCAUCGUACUCUUCAUGACUCAGAAUCAACAGAUGCUUCCUUUGGGCGAAAAAACUGCCAAAAAUGUUGGCGAGUUCUCCUAUUGUCGCAAGUGGUCUAGUGGAGUGUUCACAGACGCAAAAAACAUGUUCAACGAAGCCGUCCGUCUUCCGGAUUUGGUAGUUUUUCUAUCCACGCUCAGCCCGAUUGCCCAGCCCAGUGAUGCGGUUCGAGAUGCUGCGAAAUUAUUGAUUCCAACCGUCGGUAUUGUGGAUACCAAUUCAGACCCCCGUCUUGUUACCUAUCCCGUUCCGGGCAACGAUGAUAGUCCAGUCACUGUGCGGCUAUGGUGUGCACUGUUUGCUGAGGCAAUCACACGAGGUAAACGACGAGCCGAACGUGAUNGACCAGCAAAUGUUUGUACAUACGAAGUCGAAUGUAAUAAAAUGAUUUUAUUCUAA